CGGGGAAGGGGCGGACCGCUUCCGGGGCGGGGCUGUGGGCGCCGGUGUGCUCACGCAGGCCGGUCCCGGCGGCGCCGCGUUGUCCUGGUGCGUGAGCUGAGUUCAGACCCUGACGAGCUUCCUUAAACUCUGCGGAAUCUGCGGCAGUCAAGUUCUCUGCGUUAGUCCUCAAAGCGCGUUUGCUCUCUAGGAAAAAUGACUUCUGAAAGCAGUUCUUUCGUGAAAGGCAUGGUGUUGGGAGGAAUCUUCUGCGUGUUGGUCACGCUUCUGGGACAUGUUAAGAUGGGCCAUGGGACUAAAGCACGUCACCACGAGCACCAUCACAUUCAAGCUCCCAACAAAGAAGAUGUGUUAAACCUUUCAGAAGGUGAACGUAUGGAGCUUAGUCAAAGCAUCCGUGUUUACUGUAUCAUCCUGGUGAGACCAAAAGAUCUCGGGCACUGGGCUGCCGUGAAGGAGACGUGGAGCAAGCACUGCGACAAGGCAGAGUUCUACAGCUCCGAAAACGUUAAAGUAUUUGAUUCGGUAGCCCUCGACACAAAUGAUAUGUGGAUGAUGAUGAGAAAAGCUUACAAAAUAACUUACGAGCGUUAUAAAAAUGAAUUCAACUGGUUCUUUCUUGCACAUCCAACAACAUUUGCCAUUAUUGAAAAUCUCAAAUAUUUCUUGCUGAAAAAAGACCCCUCUCAGCCUUUUUAUAUAGGUCAUACUGUGAAAUCUGGUGACCUUGAAUACGUAGAUGGUGAUGGAGGAAUCGUCUUAAGCAUUGAAUCGCUAAGACGACUUUCCACUGUUUUUGAAGACCCUGACAAAUGUCCAGAGCAGGGAGGUAUGAUUUGGAAACUUUCUGAGGAUAAACAGCUAGCAGUCUGCCUGAAGUAUACUGGAGUGUUUGCUGAAAACGCAGAAGACUCAGAAGGAAAAGACGUCUUUAACACCAAAUCAGUGGGUGCUCUCAUUAAAGAAGCCAUGUCCAGUCACCCUCAACAAGUGGUGGAAGGCUGCUGCUCGGACAUGGCCAUCACCUUCAAUGGACUGGCCCCGAACCACAUGCAUGUAAUGAUGUAUGGUGUUUACAGGCUGAGACCAUAUGGCCACACUUACAAUGACGCGCUUGUCUUCUUACCACCUGCAGGUUCAGACAAUGAUUGAUUGUCUCUUCAGAGAAGGCAUGUAACCAUGAAGUCAGCCCUUCUUGUGACAUGCAUCUGUACAGACAGACUCAACUUUUGUAUCUGAUGGUACUGGUGAACAUUUUUGCACAUUGAGGUUUGGUAAUGCUUUUAAUUUUAAAAGUGGAAAGGAGAACUUUUUUUCUAAAUCUUUUAUACAGAAAUGUUUCUGGCUUUUGACAGUGCUGGAAUGAAAUGAUAAAGGAGCUGUUCAUGUUUGUGAUAAAGGAAAUUAAAUUUAUAUGGGGUGUUUAUAUAUGUAAAUAUUUAUUAAUGAAAACAAGUGAACCUUAGUCUACUGUUACAAAUAUAUUUUUGCAAGAUUUUGAUUCUUUGAAUUCUUCCAGGCAUUUCUAGAAUGUCUUUAUAUCUUUCUAAGCUGUACCAAUAAAACUGAUUACAGAUUCGUUAUCGAA